AUGACAGUCAUUAUAGACCACAACAAGCACCCCGAGAUCAUGACCAUGAUACUCUCGUACGCCCCCCUCGCCAGCCUCGCGGUGCUACGUCGCACCUCGGCCACCUUCCGCAAGCGCGUCCGCCGUCUUCUCUUCCACCACGUAUCCCUGGUCACCAACCAUGGCGAGGAUGCCUUCAUCACCCCUCCCUCUCCGGCGAGCCUCUCCCUUCCCCCCGGCAGCACUCUGCCAUUCCGCCCACAACACGUCCGUGUUCUCGACCUCGCGGAGAACCCACUCGUGCCUUCCAGGGACACGAUACGCGCCAUGAGCUCUCUGCGUAUCCUUCGCCGCACUGGCAAGGCCCUCAAGAGCGUCUGCUCCAUCAAGCCUCGGCCAUAUGGCCCCCUGGUCGACUUUCUCGACCUCGACGACAUGACUUCCAUCAUCGUCGACCGCGUCACCCCCACCAUUCAGCCCUACCAGUACUUCCACAGUUACGUGCUUCACGUGCAAUGUGCGAUCGAGGUGGUGUACAACGUCGUCAAGGCUCUCGAUGCCAAGUUCACGGGCAAGCUCGUCAUCGUCGGCAUCGAGAACACCCGCCUGGAAGUCCUCGUCAAGCACCACAAGGUCUACCGCAUCGACUCGGCAUUCAUCCCCUUCCGUGAGAAGGUGGAGGCUCGUCUGCGCGCCGCCGACCGCGACAGCGAGGCCCUCGACGGCGUCAAGUUCCGCACCGUUGCUAAUUGGCAUGCUGGGCUCGGCGAGGACAAGGACUAUGUCGGGCACUGGGUGGACGCGGAUGAACGAACCAAGGGCUCCAAUCCGCCGCGCAAACAAAGGAAGGGACACAUAACACUUGUCCAUAUCCGGAGACCACGGCAACUCCCAUCCACCCACUCAUACCUCUCCAUAGCGUGA